AUGUCUACCACUACUAUAACCACCACAGCUACAGAAGAGGUCACGUCUUCGCUUCCAAGCCUCAAGCGGCUUGAACUUCGACACGACGAGUAUCCAGGUCUAGACCAAGAAUGGCGCCAACUAUGGAACAUUCACGGUAGCUCAAUGGUCCGAGCGGAUGAAGUCAACAUCGAGGAGUACCGCCUUGACCCAGCCAAGUACAGUUUUACCUACCCAACCUGUCGAGGGCCAGACGUCUUCCACGUUGAGGAUAGACAGAUUCCAGUGUCGCAUCCUGAUGGUGAGAUAACUGUUAGGAUCUACUCUCCAGAAGGACAGGGGCCUUUUCCUGUUCAUCUGAAUUUUCAUGGAGGUGGCUGGGUGCUGGGUGGUCUCAACUCAGAGGCGGCCUGGUGUCGCCACAUGUGCAACAAAGCAUCUGUCAAAGUCAUUGACGUGGACUAUCGAAUGGGACCUGAGUGUCGGUACCCAACCGCCAUAUAUGACUGCUGGGAUGCAGUGAAAUGGGCGAUAAACAGCGCAAGUGAACUCAACAUCAAUCCCAAAAGUGUUUCAUUUGGUGGCCUCUCAGCAGGUGGCCACAUGUCUGCCGUUGUAGCCCACUUUGCUCGCGAUGAAGGCAUUGAUAUCAAAUUGCAUCUUAUGAUUGUUCCAGCCACCGACAUGCGCUACUGCAAUACCAAGUUACAGAAGCUCACAGCCGACAACUGUCCUUAUGACAGCGUUUUACAGCUCAAGGAUGUUCCGUGGGGACCGUUAGGUCGUGAACAGUGGUUCUUGAAGUACUGGGUUAGCCAGGAAGCUGACGAACUCGAGCGCAUUCUUAACAAUGAGUGGAUUCUCACACCAGUACUUGCUCCCGACUUCAAAUAUCUUUCACGAGCGCAUAUUGUGACCGCUGAGUUUGACCUUGAACGAGACGAAGGCGAGUAUUACGGCAAGUUAUUAAGAGAUUCGGGGAACUCUGUUAGUACGAAGCGAUAUGAUGGGUGCCCGCAUGCGUUUGCGCACUAUAAUCAUCCAGAGAGGGGGAUUGCGAAGAGCAUGGAGUUUAUUGAGGAUACGGCUGAAUUGCUUAGAAGUGUACAUCAAGAUUAG